AUGGGGGAACUAAAUAUAGCGUUGUUCAUCGGCGGAUCUCUGGUUCUGCUGACACAAUGGCAGCUGUCAUACCGCUCUGUAUCAGGAGGACGUGCUGCAACCUGGAACCACUGCAACUGUUCUUGGGUUGCUUGGCAACCAUGGUCUGACUGUACUAGCGCUUGCUUCGGUCAGAGACAACGUGAGAGACUGGUGAAUAUCUUCUUUUACGAAGGAUGUGACGAAUUCAGUGACUGUGCGACAAGUGAUCUUGCUUAUAGUUACUCCGGAUGUAACGAGGUAUGCCACAACGGUGGCAGUAGUUUCGGAAGUGGCUGCACAUGCGUUGCUGGUUAUUAUGGAAAUUGCUGCAAUUACCAAAUAAACUGUGGUCACCCGGGACCUCCAGAUAAUGGUCAGGUGACCGGAAGUGUGUACACGUAUGGGGCAAGUGUAGGAUAUUCUUGUAACACUCAUUACACGCUGGUGGAUGGUGGACAGACGAGGACAUGUCAGCUGUCCGGAACGUGGAGUGGGACUAACCCAAGAUGCGCAUUUUCGAACACUUGCUCCAGUAACCCGUGCGCUAAUGGUGGCACGUGUACUAAUAAUGUAGAGAUGUUUACCUGUUCCUGUCUGCCUGGUUGGAGUGGUUUAACAUGUGCAGAAGAUAUACAGCCCCCUGUGAUCACAGGCUGUGAUUUCAACAUUAGUGCCAAUGCCACGUCCCCACUACAUUUCGUCAACUGGACGGCACCAACAAUCUUCGAUCCUUUUGGGAACGAGGUACAAGUUUUCACAAAUUAUCCCAAACCGGAAAGCGAAUUUCACUGGGGUGAUUUUGUGAUACAAUAUGCAACAGUGAAACCCUCUAACGGACAGACUGCAGAAUGUAUUAUAAAUGUUGAUGUGAAACCUACGCCGUGUGAGGACCUGCUGGUGCCCGAGAACGGUGCUGUAGUGUGUAACGACUGGAAGACAGACUUCGGUCGGUACUGCCAAGUUGUUUGUCACACUGGUUACUUUCUUCCCGUCUCUGUUGACCCUGACCAAUGGUAUGUCUGCGGGGCAUCCGGAGACUGGGCCCCUAUCACCCAGGAACCGCUCACCUGCAGAUCAUAUUCUCUUACAAGUACGAAUACAAGUAGUGCAAUCAACUGUACCGACUCCACUUUCAUAUUAUCUGCAAAGACUGAAUUCAUCGCCAAACUCAAAUCGUCCGCAUUCAGUAAAAUUUGUGACGACCACAGGGAUUUGUGCAAUACUAACAAUGUUAAUAUAGCUUGUUAA